AUGAAGAUCGAAGAAGUUCAGUCGACCACGAAGAAGCAGAGGAUAGCCACUCAUACUCACAUUAAAGGCCUCGGCCUUGAGCCGAAUGGAAAAGCAGUACCUUUGGCUGCUGGAUUUGUGGGUCAAGCUUCAGCGAGAGAAGCUUCUGGGCUUGUGGUUGAUAUGAUUCGGCAGAAGAAGAUGGCUGGGCGUGCCUUAUUAUUUGCUGGCCCACCUGGUACUGGAAAAACUGCUCUUGCUCUUGGAAUUUCGCAAGAACUAGGCAGCAAGGUUCCAUUUUGCCCAAUGGUUGGAUCAGAAGUGUAUUCAUCGGAAGUAAAGAAGACUGAGGUUCUAAUGGAGAAUUUCCGUCGAGCUAUUGGCCUCCGUAUUAAAGAAAACAAAGAGGUUUACGAGGGAGAGGUUACUGAACUCUCCCCAGAAGAAACUGAGAGUGUGACUGGUGGAUAUGGUAAAAGUAUAAGCCAUGUCAUAAUUGGGCUGAAAACUGUGAAAGGAACAAAGCAACUGAAGUUGGACCCAACAAUUUAUGAUGCCUUGAUAAAGGAAAAGGUAGCUGUUGGUGAUGUUAUAUACAUUGAAGCAAAUAGUGGAGCAGUGAAAAGGGUGGGAAGGAGUGAUGCUUUUGCUACUGAGUUUGAUCUCGAGGCAGAAGAAUAUGUACCACUUCCUAAAGGAGAGGUUCACAAAAAGAAGGAGAUUGUCCAGGAUGUUACAUUGCAUGAUCUUGAUGCUGCAAAUGCACGGCCUCAAGGAGGGCAAGAUAUACUCUCCCUCAUGGGUCAGAUGAUGAAACCCAGAAAAACUGAAAUCACUGACAAGCUUCGGCAAGAGAUAAAUAAGGUGGUGAAUCGGUACAUAGAUGAAGGUGUGGCUGAACUCGUUCCAGGCGUAUUGUUUAUCGAUGAGGUGCACAUGCUGGAUAUGGAGUGCUUUUCUUAUUUGAAUCGUGCUUUAGAAAGUUCUCUAUCUCCCAUCGUCAUUUUCGCCACGAAUCGAGGAAUUUGUAAUGUCAGAGGAACAGAUAUGACUAGUCCUCAUGGUAUACCUGUUGACUUGUUGGACCGUUUGGUUAUUAUAAGAACCGAAACAUAUGGCCCGGCUGAAAUGAUACAGAUUUUAGCUAUCCGAGCACAGGUAGAGGAACUCAGCAUAGACGAGGAAAGUCUGGCUUAUCUUGGAGAGAUUGGACAGCAAGCAUCUUUGAGGCAUGCUGUUCAGCUGUUAUCCCCUGCUAGCAUAGUUGCUAAAAUGAACGGCCGUGAUAGUAUUUGCAAGGCGGAUCUUGAAGAAGUGAGUUCUCUCUAUCUCGAUGCCAAAUCAUCUGCAAAGCUUCUUCAAGAACAGCAAGAUAGAUACAUAUCAUAG